CCCUGUCGGUCGGUGUGGUCACGCACACACGGUGACGUCGAUACCGUCGUUAUUCUCACCAUCCUCAUCACCACCACCACCACAGCCUCGGCUCUGUUUACGGGGUCGCUCCGCCAAACGGAGAAGAGGUUCCUCGCUGUGGUGCUUGUACUUGUUGUUUUCCAGUGGACAGUAGAUCUGCAGCCCUGUAUACUAAACAGGAGAACGAACUUUUCAUCAUGAACUGCGACAUAGAUGGAGACAUGGAGAACCAGGUGGAGAUGGAGGAGAAGACGAGGUUAAUAAAUCAAGUGUUGGAACUUCAGCACACGCUAGAAGACCUGUCAGCGCGGGUCGACGCAGUCAAGGAGGAGAACCUGAAGUUAAAAUCUGAGAACCAAGUCCUCGGGCAGUACAUUGAGAACCUCAUGUCUGCCUCCAGCGUGUUUCAGACCACCGACACUAAGGGCAAACGGAAGUGAGGUACCCUCAGACAAACACACGGUCCCCCGGGCGGCAGCUGGGAGGAGGAACCCACCACUGAGACAUGGAGAGGGCUUUGUUUUCUCACCAGACCUGGGUCGCCGUAACCCUUACAGCUUACGAAAACGAAAUAUUCAAUGAUCAAAAAAACUAAAUUGACUUUUUCACACGUGCCGCUGACUCAGAAUGAAGCCAAUUUGAUGAUAGUUGGACCCAGGUCUGUUUGGCAGCAGCUUCCUCUCCACACUACAGAACCACAGCGUGGACAUGAAGUGGUUAUGGGACAUUUGUACCUUGAGUUUCUUCUUAAUGCGCUCCGUCAAUGUAGUAUCUGUAAAAUAUCUUAGUUUGGCUUUACCUGCUUGGUUUUGUGUUUGGGGACAAUUCAGACUUUCUUUGAUUUUCCCGUCUCAAACUGACCUGUAAGUCAGUGAAAACAAAGCAAAAAUAUUAGAAAUGCCGGCUCACCCCGAGCAACGCAUUUCAAAACUGGUUUAUUAUUUCAUUUUGUAAAAUACUUUUUUCGGUGGAUGUCAUCUUGUGAAACAUGACUGUGUUCUACCAUUUUAAAAGCAGGCAAAGUGAACAGUAUUACUGAGAAUAAAAUGUAUUUGGACUGCAUGUAUGCUUUUUAUUUGAGAGUAUAUCAAAUAAAAUGUCGUUAAAUCAAUAAUCGCUGAAUUAGACUGUAAAGCUAAACAUUUAACAAAAAGAUGUGGAUACUAGAUACAUAUAGGUACCAUAAAGAGCUACUUAUGUAGACUUCAUGAAAAUGUAAACCAACUUAUCAAUGAUUUAUUGAGUGGUUCCAUUUCUUAAAUUAACAAUUACACACAAUUUUCAUUUUGCACUUACAAGUAUUUAUAACCCUGUGUGUGUUGUGGCCCAGACUGUAAGAGACAAAGGAGCUGCAGCUUAGCUGCAUUAAUGAGACAAACCCAGCAUUAUGCCAUCCUGUAAGGGGGAGUGGACUAAAUUGGGCCAGAUGACAUGAGGAGGAGGAGGAGAAGGGAAGAAAGGAUGCUUUCCUCUUAAACUGCAAGCAGUAAAAAGGCCCUGAGUGCUAUUGAUCCACUGAGCCGGGCCUGCAGCAGACACCUCCUGCUGGAGGGGGGGGGGGGGGGGGGGGGUUGGACUGUAAAAUGGGCCGAUGUCCUCCACGUACAGCACAGUGGAGGGUGUGUCCUCCCAGACUAAAACAAGCGAGGAUGGAAAGUGAUGUAUUGUGAACAAUGUCUAGAAAGCAGUAAUUUAUGUGUGACGGCUGUGGUGCUAUCUGAAAAGGUGGACGUAGUAAUAUUAGGGGAGGCUACAACUCUGUAUAAGCUGUAAUGAGGUUAUUUUGAUAUUUCUAACAGUUGUACAGUAGCAUUUGUCUGGCAUGCUUAAAAUGCCCCACCUACACACACCCUGGCACCAACUGACACCUUUUCCCUUUAACUGGUUCAUUGUUUUUGUUGUAAUAAAAACCGAAGGUCA